CUGAAUCCUCCAGAGCUGCCGUUUCUGAGAAGGAAGGAGUUUCGUUUCCGCGGAAUUCCCCCGCUGGUGUCAGUGAGCGCUAUCAGGAAGUCGGACGGUCAGAGACUCUCACACUUCCCUCACUGACAGGAGCCUUUGGAGGAACAUGGCAGCCGCAGUGUGUGCCUUCAUCCUGACGUUUACAACACUCGGACCCACAGUGGUAUCAGGAGUCCUCAGUACACCUACAAAUGUCCGCUUGACCUCUUAUAACAUGAAUCUGAUGCUGACGUGGGAUCCACCUGAUCGUCCAGCCAGCGGCCUAGUCUACACAACUCAGUCCAAAUCCUCAGUCUCAGAUUACAAAGUGGGCUGUGUGAACAUCUCCAACCUUGAAUGUGACUUGAGCCACCUCAACAACUCUAUAUUUGAGUACGGAAAGUAUACAGGCAGAGUGCGGGCACAGUCGGGGACAGAGAGCUCUGCCUGGGAGGAAAGUAACCAAAUUACUUUGGACAAAGAUACCAUUAUCGGUUCCCCCAACGUCUCUCUCGUCUCCAAUGGGGCUGCUAUCGAAGUCAGCAUUAAAGAUCCGGUGUUCGCAAUCUCUGCACUCAGAAAAGUUUACCACUCUGCCAACUAUAACAUCACCUACUGGAAGGAUGGCCAGAGGGAGAAGGCCAGAAGCAACAGCAACAUACAGCAAAACAGAGUGGUUCUUAAUGACCUGGACCCCUUGACCAAGUACUGCGUCCAAGUCCAAAUCAUCACAGAGAGGACACCUAACCUCAGCAAGCCCAGUGCAGCUGUUUGUGAGAGCACCACAACCGAAGAAGAGGUUCCGUGGGUGGCAGCCGUUGGGACGUUUUGCACCGUGGCAAUGGCAGUGGCUCUGGUAGUGGUUGCAGUGGUGUAUCGGAAACAUAUGUCACAAUUUCUCUGUCCAAAAGAUACACUGCCUCUGCACUUGAAAGAGUACCUGCUGGCACCCCCCAACUCGUCCAUGUACCUAGUCAUGCGUAACUCUCAUCCGCCUGACGAGAUCUACCAUCAGGUCAGCAUCAUCGCAGACGGAGGCCAACCACUGGAGGCAGCAAGGAGAACCUGCAGCAAACAGCCUGACACCACCGAGAGAUGGAGGGAAAGACUGAAAAGCACAGGCGCAAUGAAGAAGAGCCAAUCUACAGGCUGCAGUCCGCUGGGACUGUUAAGAGACUAUUAGCAGGGAUGACUUUAAAGACACUGUGAAACAGGGAAUAAUUGGUUCUUGCUUUACGUCAGAGAUUAUAUAAUUCCCCGGAGCAGAGUUACUGUGAAGUGAUUAUACAUCAGAGCCACAGAGAGGUGUAGAUAUAGGAUGGAUUCCUAAUGUCGUAAUAUUGAUCUCAGUAUUACCACAUACUGUACUUUACAGAAGGAGCGUGGUGUGACACAUUGGAGCUAACGACUGAAGUAUUUACACAUGCCAUUGUGCUAUAAAAGCCGCUAUUAACCCUG